GCGGAGAGUCCAACACAAUUAGUUGGUGUUAGGAAACGAAACUGAAAAGUGUUCAUUUGCAGAUAAUUGUUCGAACAGAGAGUAAUGAGAAAUCACCAACAACUACAACAGCAUGGGAGAUAAUGUCAAAGUAACAGCAACAACAGGAUCUACAAAUGGUACCACAGUGACCACAAAUGGUGACACUACGGGCCAUAAAACCAAAUUGACAGAGACUGCUAAUUUACCGAAAUUAAUAAUAACCGAUAAUAAAAUAAACUACAAUGAGAAACCGGUAAAAACGAAACCCGCCAAAAAGAAACGUAGAGAUAAAAGUGAUUUGGGUGAUAAUUUUGUAGCGCCCGAUGGCGGUUGGGGUUGGUUUGUGUCCAUAGCCAGUGGUGUUAAUAUAGUAAUUGGUAACAUUGCUUUGGCUCAACAAUUUGGUAUUAUUUUCCGUGAUCAUAUGGCUCAAUUGGGCAUAUCAAGUUCCCAAUUAACUACAAUUAUUAAUAUACAAAUGGCUGUAUCAGCUAUAACAGGUCUUCUAAACGGUCCCCUGUUCCGAAGAUUUUCCUUCCGUCAAGUGGCUUUGUUUGGUUCAUUUCUUACAUUUUUAGGUCUAUUUGCUUGUGCUUUUGCCAAUUCAUUCUUAUUAUAUUGUCUAUCAUUUUCUGUGUGUUAUGGUUUCGGUCGUGGUCUAACCGUUUCGGCCUCUUCAUUAGCUGUAAAUACUUAUUUCAAAGAAAGAAGACGUACUGCCACCGCCUAUCAGUUUGGUGUAGCUGGCUUGGGUCCUAUUGUACCAUAUGUAGCUACUUUUCUGUUAGAUUAUUUUGGAGUACAAGGUACGGUACUGUUCUUUGCGGGUCUUUCCUUGAAUACGGUGGCUUGUUCCCUGAUAUAUCAACCAGUAAAAUGGCAUGUUAAGAAACAACCUAAAGAUGCUGAGGCAUCUAAAAAACUAACUGCGCGUGAUGAAGAUGAUCAUAUAAUAGCUAAUCCGGUGGAACCAGAAACACCCGUUUUGCCACGUGCCAAUGAUGGUUGGUUUGGUUCAAAAACCUCUUUAAAUUCACCUUCCAUUAGAAAUAGAUUAGGUUCUUGGGACAAGACACAGGAAGGUACGCCAAUGAUGGAGCUGAAACGUUUAAAUAGUCGUGAUAGCAUCAAAAGUAACAGUAAUUCAGCCAAAGUACAUGAGGAACAUGAUGUUAACUAUAAGGAGGGCGAGAACAAGGAACAGCAGCAUAAUGGUGCAGCUUUAACAGAACUACAACUUUUAAGAGAAAAACAACAUGAAAAAGAGCUGGAACAGGCCAGAAUUGAAGAAGAACAUGAAAGACGUAAGAAACUACCCUGGUACAUGAAAGUGGUGGUGUUUUUCGAUUUGGAUUUAUUGCGUGAUUUAACCUAUGUAAAUCUGUCCAUGGGUUUGACUUUAAUCAAUUUUGUGGAAAUUAAUUUUGCCAUUUUAACACCGUUUAUUUUAUCGGAUUUUGGCUUUGAAAAACAUCAAAUUGCCUUGGCCAUGUCAUUGCUGGGCACCUUUGACUUAAUUUUACGUUUCCUUAUACCCGUUAUAACAGCAAAGAUCAAUUUGAGUAACAAGACCUUUUUUGUCUUGGGCAUUAUGGGCAUGUGUAUUGGUCGCAUCUUUUUAUCGUUUACCAGAAAUUUCUAUGUUAUGAUUGCUAUAUUUAUAUGGUUGGGUUUAAAUAAGGCCUUCCGUACCGUUUUCUGGUCUUUGAUUAUACCCGGUUAUGUGCCACUGAAGAGGCUACCAGCUGCUGCUGGCUUACAGUUGCUAAUGUCUGGUCUAUUUUCCCUAGCUUUUGGUCCACUAAUUGGUCUUAUACGUGAUAAUACCAGUUAUGCUUUUGCUCUAAACUUCCUUAAUGCUUUAUGUUUAUUGGCCAUUGCCGGCUGGGUCUUGGAAGCUUUUGUGCGUAAAUAUAGAAAUAAACCAAAACCGGUAACUGAAAACUUAAAAUAAGUUAGUUUAAUGUUUAAACUUUUUAAAAAUAGAGCUUUUAUAAAAGUUGUUUUUUUUUAGUUUCAACUGUUAAGAGAUCUGUUCAAUAAUUUAAAAUAUUGCCAAUUAUUUUUCAAAGUUUAAAAAAUAUGUGAUAAAGUUAACAAACAGAUCUUAUGUUUUAUAAAAUAUUUGUAUAUAUAUUUUUUUAAUGUAAACUUAUUGUAAUUUUUAUGUACAUUCUUUAAGCUUAAUUUCACAAUUGUUUUUUAAUUUAACAUUUUGUUUAUUUUAUUAUUAUUUUACUGUUAGUUAGUUAUGUUAAAACACUGUAAUAUUACAUUAAUAGUUUAAUAUUUUUAGUAUAAUAAAAUUUAUAAUUAAUGAGCAUUUUGUUCAAAGAGAUUCCA